AUAACGGUGUCGUCUGGUUGUAGGUGAUACAUUUUCUCCUAACGAACAAUUGACCAAGCAAGAGUUCGGUUCUCUCUCGCUUGCUCUCUGCAACUCACAUGGAUUCCAAAGCUUCAACAACUGCCACUCCUCUACUGAACCAGGAAAAACCUAAUAAUCUUCCAUCAAAUCCCAAGAAGGAAAGAGACUUCCUGAACCACGUCGAAGCGUACCUCGCAAAGAGAGAUGGCGUGGACAAGCUGCUCAAGAUAUCCAGGUACGCCACCAAGAUCAUACUCGCCUCAUCUGCACUCCCCGAAACCCUAACCCUAACUCACCGCCUCAAGAGCUUCGAGUCGAGCGUAGGGGUGAGCCGCAAAGCCUUUAGGCUCGGGAAGUUCGUCCAGGACGUGAACGCUCUGAGAAACUCGAAUUUCGAUUCGAAUGAAGACCUCGUCCUCUCCCUCAUCGCCUACGGAGGCGAGGGCUUGUAUUUCUUCGUCGAGCAAUUCAUUUGGUUGGCCAAAUCUGGUUUGAUCGAUGGCAAACACUCGCGCAGUUUGCAAAAAAUCAGCGCUUGGGCCGAGUUCAUUGGGUACGUCGGUAGCAUUUCGUUGAAAUUUAGGGAUUUGAAUCGAAUUUCCGAAGAUGAAAAGUGCCUGAAAUCGAGUAUUGAGAUCGCAAUUACGAGGGGAAAUAAGUGCCAGGAAGAAAAGGAGAGAUUGAGUAAAUUGUGUGAAAAGAAAUUGAUGAAGAGGCUUUCUGUUGUUCAAGAUGCGGCCGACGCGUUAAUGGCAUUAGCUGAUAUUCGUGACGGCGACGGGCCCUUUUUGGGGCCGCUUUCGAUAUCGUUAGCCGGGAUGCUAUCGGCACUAAUUAGCACUCACAAGAAUUGGGUGUCUUGCUGAGUUUCAUGUCCUUCUUACAAGGUAUGGUUGCUGGAAACCUGUUCAUUAAUUUGCUUAUUGAACGAUCAGUUUAGAGCUUGAAACUGCAAAUUGUAAGGAAGAGGUCCUUGUUUUUCUGGUUGUUACAUUUCUCAUGAAUAAAACUACAUACAGGCUGUAAAAGGCAGUGGUUCAAUAAGGAUUUAUAUUUGUGCACAUUGCUGUUCUUGUUUUAUGUUUUAAAUGUUUCUUUGUAGGAAUUGGAAAUUGGAAUGUAUGUAAUUUCUAGCUGAGCAAAACUCAGACCAAUCGAUCAAGAGUUGGUACA